CAUCUGUAGUCUCGUUCAAAUCGAACCAUCUUCCUCGCUAGAAUAUUAGCGUAAAACCCAAGGAGAGCAAUUUAAGCGACAGGGUAUUUAUUGGGCAGCUACCCCAGAUGGGACCAGGCCACUGCUCAGCUCUACCGCCAGCUGCGUCCAAGGUUGCACCACUAAAGUCUAGUUGUUUGAGCCGCCUGGAGUGACUCACGCGGGGAAAUAAGCAGCAUAAAUAGUCCGGUCGAUCAUCACUUCUCCAUCACAUACUCCUCCUUUAUCCAUCAUUCUCCUUGGCCAUCAUCAUGGAGCAGGUUCGAAAAACCUUCUUCGACCCGCUUGCAACAACCAAGUCUCGGAUUCGAGAGAUCCUCCAAGAUCUUCCAGUUGGCUCUGCACACCCAUUCAGCCCCGAGCGACUUCUUCUCGUUCGGACAGCAAACGGCAUCAAUGAAAUCGACACCUCUUCAUACCCCGAAGACUACUUCUUCAAUGCCGUCGACCUGGGAGAGAUGGGCGAGACCCUUCUGAGGCGAAUGGCUGGCUUCCAGUCGCAUCUUGGGGUAUUCGAGGACUUUCACAUCAUGCAAGCACCGGCUCCGACAUUCAAGAUCCCAAUCGUAUCCGGCCAAAUCACAAUCUUCGCCGUCUCUGAAAGAACACCCACUUACUACGAUUUCUGCUUUGCAGACGCAGAAUGCAACACCUGCUGUUUCGCUGCGGAAAACACCUUUAGAGGAAUCAGUCAUAGUGGCGACAUCACCAAUGGACCCGACUUCCUGGCCCACGUGAAGCUCGACCAGCAAACGCUCACCGAGGAGAAAAUCUGCGUCUUCAUAUCUGGGUACAACUACACUCGGAUCACGGAGUUUCUUGGAACGCAUCCUGCCUUGCUUGUCGCCGACCAUGUGGAUAAAGCCCUUUAUCUCAUCCCGGUUCCCCUCGACGCGGCCACCAUCGGAGCCGCUACCAUCUGUUGCCCGAUGGUGAUUCAGAAAGACGGAGACUCCUUGGUUUGUUCAAUACUUCCGAUGGCAACCACAGAUGUGGAAAAGAUGUGCUCCGGCAGCACAUUAAACAGCGAUUCGUUCAAGGAAGCAAUUGAGCGCGCAGACUUUACCCUCUCUGCGCCUCCGCGCCCGGGUCAGAGCGGGCAACUGCUGGGGGCUGAUAUGUCGGAUACGCUUCAGAGCAGAGCCGCCAGCUCAGAAAGUUUGUACAAUGUCACUAGAGAACAUGCAGUAAUCGCCACUGCUGGCUCAACCAAUCUCCCAUCAUUCCUCAAACUACACACCACACAAAUGGUCCGGUUCGGAACUGGGAUUGAAUUUCAACGCCCAGACGAAGAGACCACCACCACAAAACCCGAUCCAUCCGCUGUUGUUCUGCCUUGCAUAUUCGGCGCCCAGCUUGAAGGCCCAAUCCUGCUGGCAACAGGUACGGUCCCUUGCAAUGUCCCCUUCACCGACGAACUCGCUCUCCGGGAGUACUACAAGCAACUAGAGAGUGCUAUGGUGAUCGUCGACGAGCGCAUGACCGACAAUGCCCGGAAUCUCGCAACCGCCUACAGAAUCAACGCCCUCUUCAUCGUGCAAUUGAGCCCAGAGGAUACACCAACGAAUACCGAAGAGGUCCUGUCAUUGUUAAAUGCGGCGAACAUCAAUGCGGUGACAGCGCUCGCAGGGCCGCAGUCGUUGGUUGUAGUUCAAGUCGGCGAGAAAUACUACUUUUAUCGGGGUAUUGCGAAUCGGGCAUAUGUCAACACGAGUAGACUGGAAUUCGGCGCAGAUGUGACCUCCAUACUCGAGUCGGUUAGUGCAGAGUCCAUCCUGGACCCGAGGAUCGAGCAAAUAGUCACGCUCGGCGAAACGGAUUCAGUCCUUCUACCAUCUUCGGGGCAACGAGUUCGAUUCCAGGACCUCGAGAGGCUGUUUGAAGACCUCUCGAUCGACCAGCUUCAUAGCCUCGAAGACGACAUUUCCGCCGCAGUCCCUCAGCUCCAAGUUCUUAUGAACCAGAAAGACUUGCAAGCACUCUCCAAGACCCUUGUGUCUACACUCUCGGCGAAAAUCAGCGACGCGAUCGCUCCAUUGAGAAUCAGCUAUACUGAGUUCCUAAAGGAGUACAACAGGGCAGACCCGGAAGCCGUAAAGGCAAAGAACAAUAUGCUCGGACAACUGCGAAAGACCACCAAGGAGAUGCAGGUGGCGCUGGAGCCGCUGAUUUCCAGCCUGGCCAACAUGAUCUCUGCCCAAACGACUUCGAAGCGAACACACGAUCUCAAGCGCCUUGUCCGCCAGGCCCAGAUCCAGGGCAAUGUCGAGGCCGUCAAGUCCAUGACCUUUGAAACUCUCGCCGGAUACCUAGAAACCUACGCCGCAGAUAUGGGCGUCAUGCUGCUGAACAUCCAGACAAGGCCCUAUUCCCGGCUUUUGGCGGAUUUGAACAACAAUCGCCCGCCCGAUGCCAGCCUAUGCUGCACCCUCGACCCCCGAGUCCUCCACCUUGAAGGCUUCGACGCAGGGAUCAUCAUCGAGCAGUCCCAAGGCCACCACGAUGGUCCUCUCGUUAGCCAGUCUGGACCCUCGCACCCCAUCCUCGCACUACCCUACCUGAGCCAGGAAUCGGGGACCGGGUCAAUGCUAGCCUGGGUCUGCUGGGACGAGUUCGUCAACCUCGAGAGUCCGUAUACCGUGCGCUGGAUGGAGAAAUGCAACGACGCGCACAUUGCCGCGCUGCGGAUUAUCAUGAGAUCAACACUCAGCCAAGCAGUCGCGUCUCGAGAACAUCAUCUUCAACCCAAUAGUCUCGAAACCGGGAAGCUUAUGAGCGCACUGCUAAUGUCCGCCAUGUCAAAGCUUGCGGCGAUGAGGAACACGACCCCUGUUGAAUCCACGCAGGCCACUGAUACCGUGACACGAUUGAUGCGCGGCCUCUUCGGCAAUCUGUUGACAAUCGCCGGUUCGGGCGUCCGCCCCCUCAGCAUGGUCUGGCAGCUCUUCGGUCUAAACUCGCAAAAUGACCUCCCCAAGACCGACGCCGACUGGAUCUGGUACGAGACCGUCGUCGCGCUGUAUCCGUACACGGGCUGGCCGCGCAAGCAGUUCUACGAGAACCUGGAGAGGCUCCUGGACAAAGCCAUCAUCCACGUGGUAACAACAAACGAAGAUCUUGCCUCGGUGAGAGCAACCAAGGCCGCAGAGAUGAUCAAAUUCUGCAAGCUGCGAAACAUCCAGCUUUUCCAUUCGCGUUCCAUUAUCACUGUUCUCAUGCGAAUGCUUACGGCGAAGGAUGGCGACGCAGGCUUCGACGUCCCAGCCGUCGCAGCUCGUCUGCUCGAGCAGCUUCCACGCAAACUAGAGAAACAGAGUUCGGGAUACUCCAGAAUGCGACAAUAUCUCGAACACCUCGCCGCGGGCGGCGAGCGACGCUUCAUGGACGACCUUAUCGUCGCGAGCACGUACACCGCGCGCUCGGCUGCCUUUGGCGAACUGAAGACGCAGGUCGCCGAAGCAUUCAACAGCGACGACUGGGCUAAGGUGAAGAGUCUCUGUCAGGAAAUCAUGGAUAAACAGGCUGCUCUGGCGUCUCUCUGGCGCGUCAAGCCGGGAAUGCUCAAAGUGCAAAAUAAAAAGGUCUACGACGAGCUUCUGACUACAGACUUUGACCAGGAGAUUGAUGAGGACAAUACAAAGUCCGAGAAGCUUUUGCUUUUCCGCAAGAAAAUCUUGGCGGAUGCUGAGAUGUCGCGUGUGCCGUGGCAGGUUGGGAAAAAUGGUGAAUUCGGCGAGAGCAUCGAGCCUCUUGACGAGGGUUUCGUGCACGAGAUGCUCACGGGAGAAACGACGAUGGCGGACGAGCCCCCCACUGCCUUGGUUGAUUCAGGGCCAGCAACCCUACCUGAAACAAAACCCAAACCCGAAGACGGCUUUGCACCAUUCAAGUCCCUGGUCCGGUCUAGUUUCAUCACCACGAUGCAGAAGAGCCUCUCCGCUGAAGAUGUCUGUCGUAUUAUGAAUGUGUCGGCAUCUGCAAUGCGUGUUUUCGUCAGCGCUCUGAAUCCGGAUUUUGUUUGGGAGGAUCUAGGCGAGAACUUUCGGGGAGUGAUUCUGGGUUUGUUGCGGGAGCGAUCGAAUCGCGAAGGGAGUUGUCCGGCUGCCAGGCUGUUGGAAUUCGAGGAGUAUAAGAACACGUUGAAGAUUCAAGGUUCGAGUGUUUCGCCAGGACUAGGCAGGUCAGGGCACUAAUUGACGAAGUUUUUGAUAUUUCUAAUUACCCUUUGCCAACAUGAUUACUAGAUUAAUAAUACUGUGGAUAUAUGUGGAGCGAUAAAGUCUUCCUCUUGUAGGCGUGUUGGGAAAGACAGGGCAAAACAUCACGUUCCAGUAAAUACAGAAUAUAAAUGUGGG